UAACAACGUUUUCAAUUGAUUUAAUGCUCUCUGCAAUAUGAAGAUUGUUCUCCACUCUGUCAAUGCGCUAUCAACAUUAUAGCCAAACAUUUUUACUACUGAUAUUUAAUAGUCUAAAUUCUCGAUCUCUUAGCAAUCCACACCAUUCUCUUUGCGACACUCUGCUUCUCUUCGGUGCGUAGCUCCCCAUUUAUUGAUUAUGAACAAAACUGCACAAAUAGCCACAAAUCAAUUCUCAUAAUUCUACAACACAAAACAUCCCAGCGAUGAUGGAAGGUUCAGGUUUGUGCUGUUCGCAUGAACCAGAAGUGGGGAACCAAAAGACACAAAACGGGUUUGCUGUAUUGAAGAACAACGCACCAGGGGACGACACUAGAAAUGUUUCUGGAGGUGACGUCGUAAACGAAAUGACGGGUCACGAAAAGGAUAUCGAUAUAGAUGUAGAAAAGGGGAUAGAAAACACCGACAGGUCGAGACAACAACGAUGUUUGUCAGAAAGCUUAUUGACUGUAAACAUGUUUGAUUCAUCCUUUGGAGAGCAAACACAAACUACCAGUACAGAAGACGAGACAGCCGGCAAUAGCGACGAACACAAUGCAGGGUUUGCAACAGUUUUGCGGACGUGCAGGUCAUCGUUGGAAGAAAAAGGAACGAACGGAAAUGUUGAUAAGCACGUCGAUCCUGGGUCAUUCAUUGAAGCCUUAGAUGCUGACGUCGAUAUUGAACCCAAUUCACCCUCAGUUGCGACAUCAGCAUCGCCACCAGCUCCACCUGUUGCCAAUGCUGAAGCUGCUACACCAASCAAAAAGCUCCGACAAUGGACAAGGAGUUCUUCCUUUGCUUGUUUGAAUGCGUUGGAUUCCAGUCGUYACUUGGUUGUCGAGGAAGACGACAAGAACAAUGACGAACAACCCACUAUAAAACCCGUCACAGAAGAAACAGAGAGGAAAUSCSGAGGGCAGGUGGUUACCAAGCAGGAAGGAGCAAACAGCAGCAUUGAUGGYGCUUUAGAAUCCCUUGCCACUGAWUCAACGCCCUGGAAUGUCAAUAUCACAGAAUCCGRUGUGGUCGACGCGUAUACCACAGCAGCUGGAAGAACAAGAAUCAAAGGGAGCCCUUYCUCUUUCGCAUCUCCAGAGAAUACAGAUUGCGAUGUUGACGAUUACUCUAAUCGCCAAACGAUAGAAAGACCUGGAACUGGCGGAAUCGACAGUAACGAUAACAAUGRCGUUUUUCAGGAUUAUGAUUGGCCAAGAGUGGACGAAAGCURURUUGAAGAAAUURUCUUCUACGACGGAUCAACAAGCUCAGGAGGGGAGGACAAAAACAAAAGCCACGACWGCGAAUGCCACCAGUGCCAAAUCGAACAAGCCGACCGCAACCGAGACGGAACACGCRCGUCAGAUUACAUGUAUGCAAGCAGCAACAGCCAGCAGAGCCCCAACAAUACCAKCAAUGGCAACAGCMAMAGCAAAAGCAACAGCCAAUCUUCGAAUGAGUUGCAAGACGRAAUCGCUAGAGAGGAAGACAGGGCSGUUCGUCGGUGGCGGAUCUUUCUCAUURUUGUUUUGUUGGUUCUCACGAUCGUCAUCUCCCUACAGGUCCAUUCCUAUUUCCGCAACAAGGAGCUCCGGGAGUUCGAGGAGGCAUUUGCCAUGGACUCGGAAAAAGUCUUUGACUCCUURUCGMAUACGAUGGACAUCAACCUCAWUGCGAUCGAUUCCCUGGCGYUGCUCAUGGCCAGCAGCGCCCGAGAGAAGAACGAGACCUGGCCAUUCAURGUACUGCCGGACUUUGCUACCAAGGCAUCGAAGRUACGGAUCUUGACACRGGCCAUCGCCCUCCAGCAAUUUCAGUACGUCGACGACAAAGACCGCAAAGAGUGGGAAACUUAUUCGAAGGCGAACGAAAUGUGGGUCCAGGAGGUCAUYGACGUCGAGCGGAGGGAUCCAACCUUUCAUUCGAGAAACUAUAGGUAYGCACCAGAUUACAACGGCACAUCAUGGCCAACCCGGAGCAUCUGGUACGGUGAAAUUACSACGAACAUGAUUUCCUUUCCGCUCAAGGGCACUGGCCCGUAUGCCCCCUCCUGGCAGAGCUAUCCGCUCCUCCCAUCGAGCGCUACCAAUUCUCCCUAUAAUUUCGACGCAAUGCAGCACAGGGCUCUUGGACCAGGGAUCCGGAAAGUUGUCCGGGACCAAAAUGCCGURAUCGGGCCGGUGCUCAAUUUUGCCGACUCCGAUGACCUUGAGUAAGUUGUGGACAGUGCGGCAUUUUGUUGUCAAGCUUAUGAUAUUUCGCACCGGUGCAAUGAUCCAGGAUCAUAUCCAUCUAUUMAUUCACCCACUGGCACUACAAAAUUUUCUGAUAUCGUUAUUUCUUUGKUAUUAUACUGUCCAAWUACAUUCUUUCACCUAUUCACAGGGGCGGCAAUGUAUUCCGGGCUUGGGCGUCUCGACAUGUCGAUGACGGAAUCGACCCUAUAGAACCCAUCGUCGCCGUUCUCUAUCCAAUCCUGGAUACGGCACAUGGUGCGGUUACAACCCGUGAAUCCAAUUCUAAAGUCGUAGGGGUUAUAGCUGGAAUAUACCUAUGGAAGUCCUUCCUCGAAAAUAUCUUGCCAUCCUCGGAUAGAGGCCUAGUAGUGGUAUUCGAGAACWCUUGCAGGCAAUCCUUUACGUACAUGAUCACAGGCAAGCGYGCAGAAUAUCUGGGGCAAGGGGACCUSACAGCUGUARCAAGCGGACACGUAAAACAUG